AUGCUAUCCCCUUCCCUCUCACCUGCUAUCCUCUUCCGCUUCACCUGCUAUCCUCUUCCACCUCACCUGCCAUACUCUUCCACCUUAACUGCUUUCCUCUUCCGCUUCACCUGCUAUCCUCUUCCGCCUCACCUGCUAUCCUCUUCUGCCUUACCUGCUAAUCUCUUCCGUGUCACCUGUUAUUCUCUUCCCACUCAUCUGCUAUCCUCUUCAGCCUCACCUGGUAUCCUCUUCCGCCAUAUCUGCCAUCCUCUUUCGCCGCACCUGCUGUCCUCUUCCGCUUCAACUGCUAUACUCUUCCGCUGCAUCUGCUAUCCUCUUCCGCCUCACCUGCUAUCUUCUUCCGCCUCACCUGCUAUCCUCUUCCGCAUCACCUGCAAUCCUCGAGACGUUAAACAAUUCUUUCUUUCUUUCUUUUCUUUCUUUCUUUCUUUUCUUUCUUUCUUUCUUUCUUUCUUUCUUUCUUAA